UACGAUACCAACAGGUGAUGCUGGAGGAGUAGAGACACUCCCUCAAGCGGCAUCGUUGAUCGUGCCCCCGAGUCCUGAUCCUGACGGUGAUUUAGUAGCGUCUUCGACCGGUUUUCUUUAUCGGUGAACUGUCAUCGGCCGAUUGAGAUGAACGAAGACGAGACUGAGAAGUGAACGUCGAAGCGAUGAGAGAAAAUCGAACGAUCAGCAACGCAUUUAUUUGAUCACUCAGUGAACACGGCUUGGUUUUUCCCAAUUCUUCCCCCAGCGGUGUUUUGCGACCCGUUCCCUGUCCCGUACCCACGCGUUCAGCAACGAUGUGACACCGAGAUACCGAAAAUCCCGCCAGGAAGAUUAACCUAAUUAUACCCUUCCGCUCGGUUACGCAGAGUUGUGAUCGCGCGUUUCGUACUCGUGGCUUCUACGACGAAGUUCGGGAGUUGUGAGCGACGCGUGUCCCGUAAGGUGGUUCGAAGAAGGGUGGGAAUCGGUGAUGGAGAAGGAGAAGAGUUACGAUCCGACGAUGAUCCAGUACGGAUUUAGUGGUUCCUUUCCGCGAUGAAACGAAGGAUCGGGUGAGGAGAGACAGAAGUCGACCAGGCGAUAAAACUUAAUCCAAUUGGAUUCGGUUCGGCGGAAUAAAAGCGACGGAUUAAACAACGGGUUCGUUUAAUGAUUAUUCGAAGGCCGAUCGGUAUUCUCUUGAGAAACAACAGGAAGAUAAUUGGAGAACAUGAAUGAAAAAUGUAACGAGAGAAGGCAAGGACUGACUGGAAUUACUGCAAUUAACGAAACAGUGAAGUUGGUAUUUUUUCUUGAUUCUACGGGAAAUCGAACACUUGAAGAAACUCCAAGAUCGUACGAAUCUCGUCGAUGAAAGAAAACAACAGGAUAUUGAAUAAAAAUAGGUAUUUCUCAAUACUUUUAUAAAGUUAUAGUAUUGUUCUUCGAACUUGACAGUAAUAAGAUUCCAACGCUAUCACGUUCUUAUAAACAAGAAAUGCAAAUUGCUAUUAAAUAUUAAUGCCCUUUCGCUCGGAUUAAAAUUCCGAAAACAAGUAAACAAAAAUUCAAUAUGUUAAUGCGCGACGGAGCUCGUAUAAUGAAUAUGUUAACGCAUAGUUCGUACAUGCAGUGGGAAGCGAAAAAUAAUGCAGAUUUAGUCGAUGCAAAUAAAUAGAAUCUGGAAACUCGAAAUGGACAUGCAAAAUUGGAGCGAUCGAUCGUUACUAGUAAAUGACUCUGACUUUCGUGAUUGCGUUAUAAUAUAACGAAAUUCUCGCGCAAUUUAAUAUGCAAUAAGCCUUCGAACAGAAUUAAAUCGGCUUACGAAAUCUAUUACGAAACUUUACCAAUUGCAAUUUCCGCAACAAGAGAGUGAUUAACUAAUUACAAGAAAAUUUGGUCAGCAACAGAAUUCCAAUUAAAUAAAAUUAAAACUUGCUAGACAUUUCUAAAAUUACAGUUAAAAUUGGAAACGAAAUUACGAGUAAGGUAUCAUAGGAAAACAUCGAGACAAAAAGUCCGAGUGAAUUAUCGGAUUAACACCUAGCAUUUCGAACGUGACUAAACACGGCAUGACAUCUGAGCAAGCCUUUGAAGAAGGAUACGGCUCGGGUCUUUGAAAACUGCACUCUGGAACGUAAUUAAAAUCAUUUAACAAACUACGAAAGAGAGCGACGCGGGAUCAUUAAAAUCAAACAAUAAAGACGUUUCGAAAUGGUCCAAGGAAAUAGGAACGCGAGCAAAAUAUUCGAGAAUUGGUCAAAAAUUCAACCUGACCGGUCGUCCCAGUUAUAAAAUUAUCCUGUAACACGUAAGGACGAAUCGAUCUCUAUGAAAUUCCAAAAACGCCUACUAAAAGAGGUAACGAGAUAAAGAAUGAUUACACUGAUUAAGAAUGAUGAAACGAAGUUUCCACUGAGAGCUCAUUAGACUCGACACGACCGGAUUGAUUCUGGACUAGAAAGGCUCGAUGAAAAUUCGUUGAAAUGACAAACGCGAAUCAAAAGACGUCUGAUUAUACUAUAUUCGUCUCGCCUCGUCGUCGCGGCUUCUCGGCCAGAGUAAUUCGCGUAUAUACGUACACCACGUGCUGGAAAUAAAAAUAAAACGUAGCCCCAUCGAGUGAACGGCCACACCAACCAUAAUCCUUUUGCCACGAACCCGAAAUAGUUGCCUGUUUCUACGUUUUUCUAUGGUCCGUACGUAAUAUCUGUGAUCACGAUAGUGAGCAUAAUCACGCGAACGGAGUGUCGCGUCGUUCACGUUUUCGCGAAAAUUUAUGACCGACAGACUGUCUCGUCUCGUAGUGAAAUUCGAAGCAUACACUCGAAAUAGAAAAAUGUUGAUAAAGUCCCGCAUUGGUGUUCAUCGUUUAUGAAGAUGCUACAAUAACGAAUUCAGACUGGCGGCAAGGCGUGCAAAAUGCCCCAAGGAAGCAUUCAUUGGCAAGGGACGCAGAGAAGAGCCUGCGCUCCAGGAGCACACUGGAAUGUCCAGGUGGUGAGAGGCAAGAUGACAACGCAGUGCUUGUGGUAUGCCUGCAAAGCUCUCGGAAUUGGUCUGCUACUAAUGCUUUUAGGAGCUUGCAUGGCGACCAUAGGAUACUUCGCGGACCAGCUGUCCGUAGCGCAAGAGGUCAGAGGUAAUUUAACAAUAGAUGUGAAGAACGAAUCGCGUGGAUUUCAUCUGAACAAUCUUAGUUACGCUGGCCCAAUCGUGAUGGGCGUAGGAGGCUUUAUCGUGGUAGCAGCUUGUGUAAUGACGUUUGAGGCCCGCGAUAACGCUGCAAAAGUGGUACCCGCACGUUUUCGUUUCACUCAAGCGUCGACAAUAAAAAAUACGAGGAAUCAACGGAAUCGUAGGUCCACGUCUAGCCAGACGACCAAGUGGGAUCACCAGCUUGGUGUGUUUAGAAUGAACAAAAGCCCGAGCCCAAGUGUACACGAAGUGUCCAGGAAGCAACUGACAACAAAAUUUAUGCAGUUCUCUAAAGAACUGAACGAGAAACAGGCCGGGCACUCGAUUAAGAAGAGUCCCAGCGCGCCUACGUUAAUCGAUAAGAAAUCACCUCGUAAAAGAACGUCGAAGUACGCUGGCUGCGCGUUAUUAAAUCCAGAUUUGUUGCAGAGACACGCUCUCUCCGUUGAUAAUCCGAGCUACAGCCCCCAGGUCAGCAGGGAAAGUUUGGAUCAGCAGAAGAUGGGAGGUAGCCAAGGAUCGAUGGCGAUGGAUCUGCACAUUCCUGAUAAAGGUCCAGUCACAUUGAAAGUUAAGGACAGGUCAGACACGGCGAGACGCCAUCAAUUACUUCGACAGACGAAAGUAGAAUAUGUCGAAGAGGUCGACGAAGCAGCCAAAUCGCUGAUGACUCGCGGUUAUUCGCCUAAAUUAACAGGUGCCUACAGUAAAUACCCAGAUGAUUUUGUACCGAGGAAAAGAAAUUCGAUAGAUAUAAGACUGCUCGAAGAGCUGGCCGCGACGAAGGAUCUCACAAAAAUAUCUCCAAGGGAUUUCCGGAAGAUCUCCUCUCAGAGCUUUCACAGGAUGUCGUUUGACAAAACUGGAAGCGAACGUAAAGUAGACAAGUCAAUGGGUCAUCGCAAAGCCAGCCUCGAGUUUAAAAAGAGUCCGGAUUUUCGUAGGAUUGACUACAGGAAAUUGUCAGCGGAGAGAUUCAGUAUCGAUUGCACCAAAUACCUAUCCGACGAGGUGGGAAUCAGAUCAAGGGCGAGCAGCGGCGAGAAUCUUAGGAGGCAACGGCAGCCGAAACUGCAUCAUUCCAGAUCGGAUGACAAUAAGAGAGCGUCUUUUGAGAAACAGCAGAAGGAUGCUCAAUUAAGCAGAUACUCGUUGAACACGCAAGCGGUUAUCGAGAGCGGUGGCUGCGAGGCGGAGUUCAAGUAUUUCACGGUAACGUCUCUUGACACGGAAGAAAGUCGGGCGGACAAUUCCGACGAGAGUCAUGGAAUCGAUGUCGACGAGCCGAUCGCUGCUAACGUAUCGUCCGAAGGACCAACGGAAGCUGAUGCCUUGUUAGAAGAACCGGAAUUGGAGAACGUACCAGAGGUCGAGAUAGAAAAUUUGAGGGACGAUCUGCAGGAAACUGAAGCCAUGAUAAAAACAGAGAAGUCUCAAAAGGAACAAGGAGAAAAUGCGAAUGACUUUUGCAGCGAGGAUUUGCAAGAUUUUGUAAGAUGUGAGGAAACUACUGUGUACAUAGAAGACGACGAGGUUUGAAGAGGGAUUGUACGAAAAUGUAAAAUACAGGUUCACAGGGAUAUUCAAGAAACUGAUUAACUUGUGCAUUCAAAUUGACGUAACUGUUUGUUAUUUAAUAACGUAUUCUUUAGAAUACCAAAAGCGUGUACUAUUUGUAGUUAUUAUAUAUGAAGCACAAUUUAAAAGAAGAAUGAUUAUUACUGUUCAGUCCUUUAAGGGGCGGAAACUUUCGCUGAACUUGCUUUCGAUAUUUUUUACGUAACUAAAACAUUUCUAUUUUGUAUAAGUUGUAGAUAGCGUUGAAUGUAAAAUGUAGAUAUGUAAACGUCAGUGAAACGUGAAACAUGCUCAAUGAUCUCAAACUGUAGCAUAAGUGAAGCUAGAAUGGCUUUCCACGGAUUCCAUUUCGUUGCAAGACAAUCAUUUCCAAAGAAUAUUAUUUUAUUUAUAGAUAAAAAAUGAGAGAAAUGCAUCUAAUCGACGAAUAAAAAAAAUACCAUGACUC